AUGCUAGGUUGCCGUUUCUUGCUAAAGAUUAGCCGAGCUCUGAGUAAAGCAAAACAGAAUGAGCUACCUUUCGGGGGUAUCAAUAUCAUCUUCGCAGGUGACUUCGCGCAGUUGGGCCCAGUUCGCGACCCCCGUUUGUUCUCGUUCAUAGAUACGUCCAGGGUUGGUACUGUGAGCGGACAGGAGGCGGUGUUCGGAAAGCUUCUAUGGCUUUCUGUAACAACUGUCGUCAUGCUCACAGAGGUCAUGCGCCAAGGAGGUGAGGAUAAUAGGCCGUUUGUAGAGCUCCUGGAACGUCUGCGUAGUGGCAGGCCAGACUGGAACUCCGAGCAAUGGCAAUUCACGCCAACCAUCGUGUCUAAUAAUCGUAUAAAGGACCAGAUUAACGAACGCGCGACGGAAGCUUUCGCCCGUAGGACAGGACAAAAACUACACUGGUAUUACGCGGCGGAU